AUGCCUACCAUUAUUGCAAACACUCAAGAACAUCAUCAGGAGCAUGUCCAUAGUCUGAUUGAAUGCUCAUUUCCAAAAGACUUUUGUGGAUUUGUUUGUCACAAACAAUGUAAAUUAGAUGUAAGAACCUCAUUGACAUCCUUGGCUUCGCAUCACAAUGGUCCUAAACCAAUGGCCACUGUAUCCUCUCAAAUACGCGAGAAAUUCUCUUUUUCCAGAAUCCUUUCUAAUCACAACACAAACAGCUACACAGGACGCAAAUCACCCAUACAUGAAUUGGAUGAUAUAGUUGAAAAUGAACAAACAAAUCGUACAAGUAAAUGGUGGAAGAAAAAGUCCAUCAAAUAA